UGGGCUCUAGGAAGAGACUGGUGAAGGCUUUACUGUGGAUUCACAGAUUCUAUUAGAGAAGAAUGGUCCUGACAAAUGGCUCUUUGGUAACAGAAUUCAUUCUCUUGGGUUUAACAGAUAACCCUGACCUCCAAAUACCCCUCUUCUUAGUUUUCCUAGUAAUAUAUAUGAUAACAGUUUUNGGGAAUUUGACCUUGAUCCUUCUAACUGGGCUGAACUCUCACCUUCACACCCCUAUGUACUUUUUCCUCUUUAACUUGUCCUUCAUAGACAUCUGCUAUUCUUCUGUUGUUACACCCAAAAUGCUGAUGAACUUUGUGCUAAAGAAAAAUGUUAUUGGUUUUACAGGAUGCAUGACUCAACUCUACUUCUGUUUUUUUGUCAUCUCUGAAUGUUAUGUCCUGACAGCNAUGGCCUAUGAUCGCUAUGUGGCUAUCUGCAAUCCACUCAUGUAUAAUGUUGCCAUGUCUCCUAAAGUCUGUUCCUAUCUUAUGCUUGGUUCAUAUUUGAUGGGAUUUUCUGAUGCCAUGAUNCANACUGGAUGNAUNCUGAGACUGACCUUCUGUGAUGGGAACACCAUCAAUCACUACUUCUGUGAUCUUCUGCCUUUGAUGCAGCUCUCCUGCACAAGCACCUAUGUAAAUGAGGUAGAGAUUUUCAUUGUAGCAGGGAAAGAUAUCACUGUGCCUAGUAUUGUUGUCUUUAUUUCUUAUGGCUUCAUCCUCUCUAAUAUUCUCCAAAUAAAAUCCACUGGGGGCAGAUCAAAAGCCUUCAACACCUGCAGUUCUCAUAUAAUUGCUGUUUCCCUGUUUUAUGGAUCAUGUGCAUUUAUGUACCUAAAACCCUCCUCAGUUGGAUCUUUGAAUGAGGGAAAAGUCUCUUCUGUCUUCUAUACCAUUGUGGUCCCCAUGUUGAACCCUUUAAUCUACAGUUUGAGAAAUAAAGAUGUUAAACUUGCCCUGAGAAAAACUUUGAGCAGGAAAAAGUUUUAG